CUGCAAUCAGUUAUACAACUCAAGAUUCAACGACUGCUGCUCCACGCACAAAUUGUUCAGGAAGGAGGGGAAAUACCAGAAAACCACCACCAUCUGAAGCUGGGAGCCUUCCAUUUAACCAAAAAGAGUCUUGCCUUCAACCAUGUGGAUCUACCUGGCUGUCCUCUUGGGGCUCUACUUCCUCCGCCAAUGGUACCGGGAGAGACAGACUGUGGAGAAACUGACAGAGAAAUACGUCUUCAUCACCGGCUGUGACUCUGGAUUUGGGAACCAGCUCGCCAGGCAGCUGGAUGACAAGGGUCUGAAGGUGCUGGCUGCCUGUUUCACCCAGAAAGGGGCAGAAGAGCUGGAGAGGGUGACAUCUGAUCGGCUGAAAACCACCAUCUUGGACGUCAGCAAUACAGAGAGUGUUGUAGCAGCAACUGAGUGGGUGAAAGGAAUUGUGGGGAGCAAAGGGCUCUGGGGCUUGGUCAACAAUGCUGGUACCGGUACUCAUGUAGCUCCCAACGAGUGGCUGACCAAGGAUGACUUUGCAAAAGUGAUCAAUGUCAAUCUACUCGGUCUGAUUGACGUAACGCUGCACAUGCUGCCCCUGGUGAGAGCAGCCAGAGGAAGGAUCGUCAAUAUGUCCAGUAUUGGAGGAAGAGUGAUAAUGUUAGGAGGAGGUUACUGUUUAUCCAAGUUUGGGGUGGAAGCCUUCUCGGACUGCAUAAGGCGAGAGCUCCAUCCUUUUGGAAUCCAGGUUAGCAUUAUUGAACCUGGUGCUUUCAUGACAUCUAUUGCUGUAACAUCAGAUGAAGGCUUGAAGAGUGUAUGGGAAAAGGUACCUUCUGACAUCAAACAGUGCUAUGGACAGCAGUACCUUGAUGGAUACUGCCAAAUAUUUAAAGAUAUCCUCAAAGCAGCCAACAAGAACCUUCACCCAGUCACUGACUGCAUGGAACAUGCCCUGAUAUCUCGCUACCCUCGCACACGCUACGGUGCAGGCUGGGAUGCAAAGCUAUAUCACAUUCCUUUAUCUUACAUGCCGACCUUCAUAGCAGACUAUAUGGUGGCCGUCACUAUGCCAAAGCCAGCACAAGCAUUGAGAUGAGUUCACAUCUGUAAAAUAAUUUGUGCUUACAUUAUUCCGCCUUGAUCUUGUUUGAACACACAAUGUUGUUCCACAAUUCAAAGUGAUGAAAGCAUUUCUUUACAAUGCCUAAAAUCUUUAAAGUGAUUUUUUAAAUGUCUUUUUACUCUGUAAUUUCCAGGGAAAUAAAUAAAUUUUCUAAACAUA